UGGAGCUGGCUGCGGGAGCCCGCCGUACCGAGUCACAGGCCGAGGAGACAUGGCUGCCCCCCACGACGCUGAGAUCCGGAAGGACGUGCAGACCUACUACGGGCAGGUGCUGAAGAAAUCAGCAGACCUGAAGACCAACGCCUGUGUCACCACAGCCAGGCCGGUCCCCAAGCACAUCCGGGAAGCCUUGCAAAAUGUACAUGAAGAAGUAGCCCUAAGGUAUUAUGGCUGUGGUCUGGUGAUCCCUGAGCAUCUAGAAAACUGCUGGAUUUUGGAUCUGGGUAGUGGAGCUGGCAGAGAUUGCUAUGUACUUAGCCAGCUGGUGGGUGAAAAGGGACAUGUGACUGGACUAGACAUGACCAAAGGCCAGGUGGAAGUGGCUGAAAAGUAUCUUGACUAUCACAUGGAAAAAUAUGGCUUCCAGGCAUCUAAUGUGACUUUUAUUCAUGGCUACAUUGAGAAGUUGGGAGAGGCUGGAAUCAAGAAUGAGAGCUAUGAUAUUGUUGUAUCAAACUGUGUUAUUAACCUUGUGCCUGAUAAACAACAAGUGCUUCAGGAGGCAUAUCAGGUGCUGAAGCAUGGUGGGGAGUUAUAUUUCAGUGACGUCUAUACGAGCCUUGAACUGCCAGAAGAAAUCAGGACACACAAAGUUUUAUGGGGUGAGUGUCUGGGUGGUGCUUUGUACUGGAAGGAACUUGCUAUCCUUGCUCAAAAAAUUGGGUUCUGCCCUCCACGUUUGGUCACUGCCAAUCUCAUUACAAUUCAAAACAAGGAACUGGAAAGAGUUAUCGGUGACUGUCGUUUUGUUUCUGCAACAUUUCGCCUCUUCAAAUGCUCUAAGACGGGACCAACCAAGAGAUGCCAAGUUAUUUACAAUGGAGGAAUUACAGGACAUGAAAAAGAACUAAAGUUUGAUGCCAAUUUUACAUUUAAGGAAGGUGAAAUUGUUGAAGUGGAUGAAGAAACAGCAGCUAUCUUGAAGAAUUCACGAUUUGCUCAAGAUUUUCUGAUCAGACCAAUUGGAGAGAAGUUGCCAACAUCUGGAGGCUGUUCUGCUUUAGAGUUAAAGGAUGUAAUCACAGAUCCAUUUAAGCUUGCAGAAGAGUCUGACAGUAUGAAGUCCAGAUGUGUCCCUGAUGCUGCUGGAGGCUGCUGUGGCACAAAGAAAAGCUGCUAAAUCUAGAGCCAACCAGGGGAUCACAGUAGUGGGCAAGAGUGAUUUGCAUGUUUUUUAACCUGCUUUUCCACAUAGCACAGACCAUAAGAAACAACAAAUGGGGCUGAACAUGGUGGCUCAUGCCUAUAAUCCCAGCACUUUGGGAGGCCGAGGCAGGCAGAUCACCUGAGGUCAGGAGUUUGAUACCAGCCUGGCCAACAUGGUAAAAUCCUAUCUCUACUACAAAUACAAAAAAAGUAGCUGGGCAUGGUGGUGCAUACCUAUAGUCCCAGCUACUAAGGAGGCUGAUGCAGGAGAAUUUCUUGAACCCAGGAAGUGGAGGCUGCAGUGAGUCAACAUUGUGCCACUGUACUCCAGCCUGGGCAAUAGAGCAAGACUCUGUCUCAAAAGCAAAAAAAAAAAAAAAAAAAAAAAAAAAAAAGAAAAAGAAAAAGAAAAAGAAAAAAAAACACACAACAAAUGGCAGAGAGCCACCAUAUUCCAAAUCACUGAAAAAAAUAAAUGAAUAAUUUUCAUGAGGCAUUGAUUAAAGAUUCACAGCAAAUCAUAUGAAGACUAGUUAAGCAGACUUUUUUCUAUUUCCUAAUUCAAAGUUCUGGUGCCACGUAGUGGUCAGAAAUGGAACAGAGAAGCUGUCUUAAGGCUUGUUUAAGAAGCAGGAAAGGCAUCAGAAGAAAUAACAGUUGGCAGAGGGUCUCAGGACCCUCUUCUGAUCUUUUGCAUAUCUUCCUUCUGAUCUUUUGCAUGCACCUUUUGGAUUUUUCAUCAUGUUUGCUUAUUAAACAAAGCUCCUACUGCCAUCAUACUAAUCAUGCCAAAGAUUGCCAAAUCAUGUUUGGUAGGAGAACUUUUGAGGUAGCUUUUAAGCAAAUGCUUUUUUUUUUCUUUUUCCUUUUUUUGCAACAGAAUUAAGAAAACAAAUUUAUCAUAAA